UUCGCGCGCGGCGGUGACGUCACUCCCGGCUUGGAAGUAGUGGCGGGAAAUCGUCGGGGGUUCCCAGGCGAUGGCGGCGGCAGAAGGAGAAGAACCGCAGCUGCAGCCUGGCUCGGAGCUGGAUGGAGACUCCGAUGCGAGCAGUGAGGAGGUCGUGCUGCUGACCCCGGCCCAGCUCAUCCGCAGCCUGGAGCAGGCUUGGAUGAACGAGAAGUUUUCCCCAGAACUCCUGGAGAGCAAGUCAGAAGUUGUUGAGUGCGUCAUAGAACAGCUGGAGCAUAUGGAGGAGAAUCUGAAGCGGGCCAAGAGAGGUGACCUCAAAGUCGGCAUUCACCGCAUGGAGGUGGAGCGCAUCCGCUACGUCCUUAGUAGCUACCUACGCUGCCGGCUCCGGAAGAUUGAGAAGUAUUUUCCUCACAUCCUAGAGAAGGAGAAGACACGGGCCGAGGGGGAGCAAUCGAUCCUGUCUCCAGAAGAGUUUGCCUUUGCCAAAGAGUUCAUGGCGAACACGGAGGCCCAUUUCCGAAAUGUGGCUUUGAAGCAUAUGCCUCCCAACCUGCAGAAGGUGGAUCUCCUGAAGGCAGUUCCCAAACCAAACCUGGAUGCCUUUGUUUUCCUGCGGGUGAAGGAGAGGCAAGAGAAUAUCCUGGUGGAGCCGGAAACUGACGAGCAGAGCGAAUAUGCGAUUGACCUGGAGAAAGGCUCUCAGCAUCUGAUCCGGUACAAAACCAUCGCUCCCUUGGUGGCUUCAGGUGCCGUUCAGCUCAUCUAAGCAGCUCGGAGAUGCACUUUUUGCAGCUGCCGGGCGGAGGAUUUGUUGCUUAACACUGAGGUCACUCCGUGUGCCCAGAUGCACCAUCCCUGCCUGCCUUGAGAACUCAGCUCCACUUGCUUGUGGGACGACACAAUUCUGGAUUUGGGGUGUGGGGCAGUGUUUCCUGUAAACAGGGAUUCACAGAUGUUCUUGACUAUAACUCCCAUCAUGCCCAGCUUCAAUGGCCUUUGCCUGGGGAUGAUGGGCGUUGUAUUCAACAACGUCUGGGAAUGUUUUUUCCUGGGACAACAGGUGGGCAGAGAAUGCACAGAAGAAGCAUAGCUGUUCCCUUGCAUGUGCAGCAGGUGGUGCUGUUGUGGUUGCCAAGUUCUGUCUUCUGAACCAAGCACUUAAUGGCUGUAAGGUGCGUUUUUGUGAAGUGUGCAUAUGCAAUGUGUUGUCAUUCCUUGCCCCUGAACAUGGCUGCAGCAGCUACCUGGGUGGCUGUAUAACCUCUGAAGGGACAUAUCGGACGACGGACACUAGGGUGUCUUCAGUCUAACAACAAACAACGCUAUCCGUGACUUUAGAGGAUGAGAAACAGUAGCCAAAUUAUGUACAAGGAUGAAAAUAUAGGAUGAUGCUGUUUAAA